AUGAACGGCCACUGCACGUCCCGCAAAGAUGCCAAGGACGAGUUCCGGUUACCGGGGCUGGAGGCGGCGUACACUCGCAUCCUGCGGGAGCUCGGCGAGGACACCGACCGCCAAGGGCUGCUGCGCACCCCGCUGCGAGCGGCCAAGGCCAUGCAGUUCCUCACCAAGGGCUACCACGAGACCAUCCACGACAUCCUUAAUAAUGCCAUAUUCGAUGAGGACCAUGAUGAGAUGGUGAUUGUCAAAGACAUCGACAUGUUUUCACUGUGUGAACAUCACCUAGUGCCCUUUUUUGGCAAGGUUCAUAUUGGCUAUCUGCCAAAUAAAAAAGUGGUUGGACUGAGCAAGCUAGCAAGGAUUGUAGAGAUCUUCAGUCGAAGGCUUCAAGUUCAAGAACGUCUCACGAAGCAGAUUGCGAUGGCAAUAUCAGAGGCUCUGCAGCCAAAAGGUGUAGCAGUGGUUAUAGAGGCAAUGCACAUGUGCAUGGUGAUGCGUGGCGUCCAGAAGAUGAACAGCUGCACGGUGACCAGCACCAUGUUGGGGAUUUACAGAGAAGACCCAAAGGCCCGAGAAGAGUUCCUCACACUUGCAAAGCAUGCCUAACAACUGCCGUCCACCACUCACUCCUGAGCCUCUUAUGUGGCACCUUCAUUGCACUGGGAAGCCUGUGGAUUUGUAUCCACAGUCAGGUCACUCUCAAAAUGUCAUACACUCUGCCUUGAGGGGAAAUUACAAUGCUGCAAAGCCCCUUGAGGCAAAUUUGUAAUUUUUGAUACAGGGCUAUACAAAUAAAAUUGACUUGACUUGACAUCUUAAGAAGAAUCUAUGGCGGUAACCAUGUCACUCAGUAAAUACACCGAAGCCUCCCAGCAGAAGUAGCUGCCGGUCAAACACACACUCGCACACAUACGCAAACAAAUGAUCUUUUCUCAUGAAGGGGUUAUAGGUAUCUAUAGAAAUAAAAUUGACUUGACUUUGUGAUAUAGGGUUAUACAAAUAAAAUUGACAUGACUUGAUUUUUCUUCUCAUACAUAGGUUCACCUUUGGCGGUAGCCGUCGUGAAAUCCCUGUUGAGAUGUAAGAACAGGAGACAUAAACCCUU